UCUGUAGUUCCAGGGUAUAAUAAAAACAGCAAAGCCGAUAAGCCGAACCAGAAGUGAGGUUAGGUUAUUUGCGCUAUAUUUAAAAACAGUUUCUAAUCGACUACAGCUGCAUUCAGUGCUCAACAAACAAAGGAAUUCUCAAUAAACACAAUUAAAAUGCUAAAAAUAUUUAUCUGGCUGCUUUGCUGCUUAGUGGCAGCCCUUCCAACUUCAUCCUCAAACUGGAGUACAACAACAAAACCGACUGCCAAAUGGGGCGUCAGUGUGAAUCCCACGUUUACCACACUGGCAAUGACAAGGAGAUCAGGAGCGGGGGUGGGGGCAGGUCAGCUGCUGCCCAUGGUUGUCAAUACGUGGAACUUUACGGAGGCCAACGCGCUGGCCUGGCGCAUACUGAAGCAGUCGGCGGGUGGAGUGCGUCAGACCCGCAAUGCGGUCGUGGAAGGUUGUACCAAGUGCGAGCAGCUGCAGUGCGAUGGCUCCGUUGGAUAUGGAGGAUCACCGGAUGAGUCGGGUGAAACGACGCUGGAUGCAAUGGUCAUGGAUGGGACUACGAUGAAGGUGGGCGCUGUGGCGGGACUGCAUGGCAUUAGGGAUGCCAUACGGGUGGCCAGGCAUGUCUUGGAGCACACGUCGCACACCUUGCUGGUGGGCAACGCUGCAUCCCAGUUUGCCUUGGCCAUGGGAUUUCCACAGGAAUCGCUGAUAACGCCAGAGUCAAAGAAAAUGUGGCAACACUGGAAGGCUGGCAAUUGCCAACCGAAUUUCUGGAAUAAUGUGCAUCCCGAUCCAAAGCUCUCAUGCGGUCCCUACGCGCCAAAGGCGACGCCCCUAACACGCUGGAAGGAGGAUCGUGCUCGCACGGAAUACCAAAUUGGACAACAGAAUCACGACACCAUCGGCAUGAUAGCCAUCGAUGUGAACCAGCAGAUACAUGUGGGCACCUCCACAAACGGAGCACGGUUCAAGAUACCCGGCCGUGUCGGGGAUUCCCCCAUUCCCGGUGCCGGCGGCUAUGCGGACAACGAAGCCGGAGCAGCUGUGGCCACCGGCGAUGGCGACAUUAUGAUGCGCUUUCUGCCCACUCUGCUGGCGGUGGAGGCCAUGCGAAGUGGCAAGUCACCUGGCCAGGCUGCCGAGGCGAGCAUUCGACGCAUCCUCAAGCACCACAAGGACUUCUCCGGCGCGGUCAUCGCCGUCAAUCGACAGGGACAAUUCGCAGCUGCUUGCUAUGGAAUGACCGAGUUUCCCUUUGUGCUGAGCAACCCGCAGCAAACGACGAAGGUGGAGACAGUCAAAUGUUUGCCAACUCUGACGGAUGUCAAAGUGGUGCCCUUGACAACAUCAUAAUAAAUUAAAAUAUUC